UUAGUUUCCGCAAUGAAUUCUUUACCAGCAAUGUUAUUUCUCACAACUCUGCUGCUGCCAUCAAUGUUCACUGAAGGAAGACUCCCCAAGGCAGUAAUGUUUGAAGCAUCCCUGAGGCAUCUGGCAGGUGAACAGGUGAAUCUCAGGCUUCACAGAGGUCUGUGGCAGCAGCCUGGACCACUGAAAUCAGCAUGGUCUCCAGUGGCAAUGUGGACCACAGUGGUCCCUCAAGCGACCUUGGAAAGGAUGCUGUGUUCCUCUGAUCAAGAUCAAACGUUGUUUGAAGAUUUGGCCAGUGCUAAUCAACACAAGUUAAACAUCUCUAAAAUCUUGACUGCCCUGAGAAAAUGUUGUACUCAGAAUCAUCAACUAAACACAUGA